AAGCUAUCUACAAGAUCAUAAAAAAAUUUCCUGCAGCAAUGCCAUUAUUGUGCUUAAAGGGAAUGGCACAGCUACCCUUCACACACACUCUUGUUCUCAUCUUUUUCCUAUGUUUCUAUGUUGCACUCCCAACUCCGGAGGAUCCCAUCAAGUGCACCUCAAAGAACACAAACUGCACCAUCACAAACUCCUACGGCAUAUUCCCUGACCGAAGCAUAUGCGGAGCAGAACAAGUGUUUUACCCUACAGAAGAAGAAGAGCUGGUGAAAGUGGUUGCAUCAGCGAGUCAAAGCAAAAAGAAGAUGAAAGUAGCGACCCGUUUCUCCCACAGCAUUCCCAAGUGGGUGUGCCCUGAGGGCCAAAAAGGGUGGCUAAUAAGCACCAAGUAUCUGAACCGCGUAUUGGAAAUUGAGGCGGAGAAAAGGACAAUAACGGUGCAGAGUGGCGUGACAUUGAAGCAGCUCAUUGAUGAGGCUGCAAAAGCGGGGUUGGCAUUGCCGUAUGCGCCGUAUUGGUGGGGUUUGACGAUCGGGGGCAUUUUGGGAACAGGGGCUCAUGGAAGCUCCUUGUGGGGGAAAGGAAGUUCGGUUCAUGAACAGGUGGUGGAGCUUAGAAUUGUUAGACCCACAGGUCCUCAAGAUGGAUAUGCUAAGGUUCACACCCUAAGUCAUCAAGAAGAUGAUCAACAUCUCAAUGCAGCAAAACUUUCACUAGGUUUGCUUGGAGUCAUUUCACAGAUUACUUUGAAACUGGAACCUCUUUUCAAGCGAUCCAUUACCUAUUUGACAAAAAACGAUUCGGAUUUGGGGGACCAAGCCGCAGCAUUUGGACAGCAACAUGAGUUUGCAGAUAUAAUUUGGUACCCAAAUCAACACAAGGCUGUAUAUCGUGUUGAUGAUCGUGUCCCCAUGAAUACAUCAGGGAAUGGUGUCUAUGAUUUCAUCCCUUUCCGUUCCACUCCUUCACUUGAAUUAGCACUCAUCAGAACCACAGAGGAUGUUCAAGAAUCUACCCGUGAUGCUGACGGGAAGUGCUUACUCGCGAAGACAACCACGAAUACCCUUAAGGCCACUGCCUAUGGACUAACUAACAAUGGUAUGAUCUUCACUGGAUUCCCUGUAGUUGGAUUUCAUAACCACCUUCAGGCUUCGGGGUCAUGCCUAGAAAUUGAUAUGAAUGCAAAGAUCACAUCAUGUCCUUGGGAUUUCAGGGUCAAAGGAGAGUUCUUUCACCAAACCGCAUUUAGCAUUGGCUUGUCUGUGGUAAAGAACUUUAUUGAAGACGUGCAAAAACUAGUUGAAUUGGAACCAAAGCGAUUUUGUGGAAUAGAGAUCUACAACGGAAUUCUAAUGCGUUAUGUCAAGGCUUCAAGUGCAUACUUGGGGAAACAGGAGGAUGCCAUAGACUUUGAUAUCACAUACUACCGUAGCAAAGACCCGAUGACUCCUAGGCUUUAUGAAGACAUUAUUGAAGAAGUUGAACAGUUAGGAAUUUUCAAAUAUGGAGGUCUACCCCAUUGGGGUAAGAACAGGAACGUGGCAUUUGAAGGAGUAAUCAACAAGUACAAAAAUGCAGGGAAAUUUUUUAAGGUCAAAGAUGAGUAUGAUUCACAAGGGCUAUUCUCUAGUGAGUGGUCAGACCAAGUGCUUGGUCUAAAAGAAGGGUUAACAAUAUCAAAGGAUGGGUGCGCAUUAGAAGGUCUGUGUAUAUGCUCGCAGGACAACCAUUGUGCACCAAGCAAAGGCUACUUUUGCAGACCAGGCAAAGUCUAUAAGGAAGCAAGGAUUUGUACUCGUCUAGGAUAUUAACAAAUAUUGUAACAAGUUUCCUACUCUUUUUGGAGAAAUUGUUAGAUAAUUUGAAAGUAUUAUAUGUUCAUGAUCCUAAUUAAUGUCUACAUAACACAUUUUAAUUUUAUAA